UGUGCCCACCCUUUUCUCCUCUCUCCAUCUCCCCUCCCCACGCUUAUGAACCCACUGUGUGGAGAGAUUGUAAUCCAAGUGGAUUACACUGUAAAUUGGGUGAUGGAGGAUUGGAUGCUCUGGAAGUGAAUCUCAGCUGCAGCAGUGUGUUUGUGUUUGCUUGAUUUAUAUAUUAUAACCGGGAUUAUUUCAUGCCAAGAACAUGGAACUUUGGAGAACAUCUUUCAGGUGUGAUGUUGUGCAGAUGAUGUGAUGGAGAACAUCUUCAAACACUGAUAUCAUGUUCACCUGAGUUCAACACGAAGAACGAAGAACCUAAUGAUAACAUUAAGUGGAUUACUUGGAUUAUCGGUAUCAUCCUGAAUAUGAGAAGCGCUGAUUACUCCAUGCAGCUCAGUGAGAGUUUGAGAAGUUUCUGGAAGAUCUGAGUAUGAUCAGGAGUUCGCUAACGUGGAUCACCAGGCCCUUCAAGAACUUUUGGAUGUGUGAGUUCAGUUGAUGAGGAGCUCAGAAGGGUCGUAAUAGACGUUCAAAACUAGGCCAACAUGAAUGGAAGUGAGAGCAAUGGACGUUGGGUUUUAGUCGUCCUACUGGAGUAGUGGAUUCUCAGGACCUUCUUCUCAAGGAUAGAUGUCAGCAUCAUGUAUAACAUCAGAGGGUCUUCUUGGGUCACGUUCUUCAUGGUCUACACAGGCUGGCUGUGUAUCUUUACACAUGCUCAAAUGAAGAUUCCACCUGAGACGGUUCAAAAAUGGGCCAUCACCAUUUCAGAGCAAAUCAAUGCAAUUGCAUCAAAAUAUUCAGGAGCUGCGCUAUUACAAAAGAAACUCAAAGAUGUUGAGCCCAUCAUCAGAAUAGAGGACGUGGAUGGAGCACGAAUAGUGCUGGACUUUGCAGAGGAAAUUGAAAGAAUGCUUGGCAGCAAGAUGAAGUCUGUGAAGAGGCUCGCAGACACAGCUGAGGACGCUGACCUUUAUCAUGAAUAUAAUGCAUCUCUACGGUUUGACUACUUUAAUUCAUUAUUGGUGAAUACUAUGGAUGAAGAGGGAAAUUUCAUUGAACUUGGAGGCGAAUUUCCAUUGGAAGAGAAUGAACAUUUCAACAAGCUUUCAGUCAACACUUUAAUGAGUGACAUCCAAGUUCCCACUAAUGUCUACAACAAAGAUCCAAACAUUCUUAAUGGAGUGUACAUGUCAGAAGCCUUGAAUGAUGUCUUCAUCAGUAACUUCCAGAAGGAUCCCACGCUCACCUGGCAAUAUUUCGGCAGCUCAACUGGCUUCUUCAGACUUUAUCCAGGAAUUAAAUGGACCCCUGAUUCCAACGGCGUAGUUUCUUUCGACUGCAGAAACAGAAAUUGGUAUAUCCAGGCUGCCACCUCUCCUAAGGACAUUGUGAUUGUAGUUGAUGUCAGCGGCAGCAUGAAGGGUCUGAAAAUGACCAUUGCCAAACACACCAUCAACACCAUCCUGGACACGCUCGGGGAAAAUGACUUUGUCAAUGUUAUUGCAUACACUGAUUACGUCCGCUACGUGGAGCCCUGUUUUAAGGGAACGUUGGUACAGGCAGACUUGGACAACCGCGAGCAUUUCAAGCUGCUUGUUGAAGAUCUCCACGUGAAAGGAGAGGCUAAAGUAAAAAAAGCCAUGAAGGAGUCGUUCCGCAUCCUGGCUGACGCCAGAGCAAAUGGUCAGGGCAGCCUAUGUAACCAAGCAAUUAUGCUGAUCACAGACGGAGCCAUGGAAGAUUUCCAGUCAGUGUUUGAAGAGUUCAACUGGCCUGACAAGAAGGUACGGGUUUUCACUUACCUAAUUGGCAGAGAUAUGACCUUCUCAGAAAACGUCAAAUGGAUUGCCUGCAACAAUAAGGGUUACUAUACUCACAUCUCAACACUGGCUGACGUACAGGAGAAUGUCAUGGAGUAUCUUCAUGUUCUCAGUCGACCGAUGGUCAUCAACCAUGACCAUGACAUCAUAUGGACCGAGGCUUAUAUGGACAGUGUGCUUCCUAACACCAAGGAGCUGUUCAAAAGCAAAGCUCACAGUCUUCUGCUCAUGACGUCAGUGGCCAUGCCAGUGUUCAGUAAGAAGAAAGAAACACUUUCACAUGGCAUUCUGCUGGGAGUGGUGGGAACUGACGUCCCCCUGCUGGAGGUCAUGAAACUUGCCCCGAGAUAUAAGCUUGGGGCACAUGGUUACGCCUUCCUCAUCACAAACAAUGGAUACAUCCUGGCACAUCCUGAUUUAAGACCACUGUAUAGUGAUGGGAAGAAGUUGAAACCCAAGCCCAACUACAACAGUGUGGAUCUGUCAGAGGCUGAGUGGGAGGACACUGAGGACAGUUUAAGAACAGCCAUGGUGAAGGGAGAAACUGGUACUCUGACUUUAGAUGUGAGAGCAGCUGUGGAUAAAGGGAAAAGGCCUAUGUUCCUCAAAAAUGAUUAUUUCUACACAACCAUCAAUGAAACUCCAUUUAGCUUUGGGAUGGUGCUCACAAGAGGUCAUGGGCAGUACAUGUUCUUUGGGAAUGUUUCUGUGGAGGAGGGUCUUCAUGACCUUCAGCAGCCAGACCUCACUAUAGCAAAUGAAUGGACGUACUGUGAAACAGAUAUUGACCCACAUCACCGUAAGCUCAGUCAGCUCCAGGCUGUGGUCCGAUACCUGACUGGGAAAGAGCCAGACUUGGAGUGUGACGAGAUACUUCUUCAGCAAGUUCUGUUCGAUGCAGUGGUAACAGCACCACUGGAGGCCUACUGGACAGCGCUAACGCUAACCGCCCCCGGUGUAGAUGAAGGCAUGGAGUCGGCUUUCCUGGGAACCCGCUCUGGGCUCAUGCGUGUGAUCAGAUAUGCAGGAACUGAGAAACGUGUUGGAAAGAAGUUCUUGACCCUAGUGGACAAAGAGAACCUCUUCACAGUGGACCACUUUCCAAUUUGGUAUCGCCUGGCAGCUGAGAACAAACCUGGUCAAUUCUUCUUCUAUGUCCCACAUGAUGAUAUAAACAAAGGGAAGAACACCUUUGUGGCGGUAACAUCUGUGACAGUUACCGAAGGGAAAAGAACAGCUGUUGCUGGAGCUAUUGGAAUGCAAGCAUCCCUGGACCUGCUGGAGCGAGUGUUCAUGUCUAUUGCCAAACAGCCAAACAACACAGAUUGCAGUGAUGUGGACGGUAUAUGUCCUCUCAGCUGUGAGAGCGUCGAUGUGAACUGUUACCUGGUUGACAAUAAUGGCUUCAUACUGAUCUCAAAGGAAAGAGGAGAUGUUGGUAAAUUCUUCGGGGAAGUGGAUGGAUCCGUCAUGGCCCAGUUACUAAAAUCUGGCUUGUUUAAAAGGGUGACGCUGUACGACUACCAGGCCAUGUGUAAGAACAGCCAUCAUCACACUAGUGGAGCUCGACCACUGCUCAGCCCUUUCUAUGGUCUGCUGGCUUUAAUAAAGUGGUUCUUCUCACAUUUUGUGAUGUUUCUGUUGGAGUUCAACAUCUGUGGACUUUGGCAUAAUGACUAUUUUGUGGAUGCUAAAGCUGGGUUUCACGCAACACACAGACAGAAGAAAGUCGAACUAAUGCAGCCUUGUAACACAGAGUAUCCCGGCUUCAUAUAUGACACGUCCAUCAGAGAAACCAACAGCAUCAUCAAAUGCGGCCGUUGUCAAAAGAUGUUUGUCCUACAGCAGGUUCCUAAUAGUAACCUGGCCAUGCUGGUGGUCCAGGCCGACUGCGACUGCUCCCGACAGUACGCUCCAAUUACACUCGCACCCAGAGAAGUCAAAUAUAACGCCACAGUUAAGUGCAACAGGAUGAAAUCUCAAAAGAUUCGCAGACGACCAGAGUCUUGUCACGCAUACCAUCCUCAUGAAAACGCCAAGGAUUGUGGUGGAGCAUGUGGGAUAGCAGUAUCUCUUACACUCUACUUUAUAUGUUUGGCCACUUCACUGGCUCUCCGCUGAAUAAUAAAACAUACUUCUGCCAUGUCCGCUGUCCAAAAGUGGACCCAGGGACCACAAAACAGGACACUUGUGAGGGUCAACUAUGGAUCUCUAGCAUCAGGAAUUCAACCAAAAACAGGUUUAUACUACAUUGUAUUUUUUAUUGUGGCUUAAAGUGAUAGUUCACCCUAAAAAGGAAAGUGGAAUGACAUAAAGGUGAGUAAAUAAUUGACACAAUUCAUUUUAUUUGAUGAACUGUCUCUUUAAUUUGCAUCAUACUCUGUAGUUCCGCCCCCUUCUGGACUCAAUAUGACACUUUCAGUGGGAGCUACAGCGAGAGAUAUAAUCUUAGAUUGUCUCGUGUGACUUGAUGUUAUACAUCAGAUCUGCUAUUCUUUUAAUUUUUUAUAAUACGUUUAGGAUUACAAUGAAUGUUUGUAACUAAAUAUAGAGCAGUGGCAGCUUAACUGCUCUUUAUUUUCAUGAUGGUUACUACUUAAUGUUUUUCAUUGAGCCACGUUUUCAAAAACACUGUAAUGAAAAGCAUUUCAUAUGUUGUGUAAGAUGGAUACAGUUGAAUAAUUUUUUAAAACUUAUAUAUGUGUGUAUUUUAGUAUCUGUAUGCUUAUGAAUCUGAGGACAAUAGUCUUUAAAUAUGGCUUGACAGUGAUUGAGAAAUGUUUUACGUGAAUACAGAAAAUAGUGAAUGAUAAUGGAUUUACUUGGUGUUUGUAUGAUUAAAAAUGCAGAAAGUGUGAACAAAUGUUUAUUUGAACGUUUUGUUAUAUUUUAGAAUUAGUAGAAUUAAUGAACUCUAUAAGCUCACCUUUUUAAUAAUUUAAAAUUAAUUAUUUAAUGUUAUUAAAAUAAUUUAAUAAUUAUUUAAAUGUAAUGUUUUUUCAUUUUAGUUUUCACAGUGCUUUUUUGGAUUAGUAAGAUUUUUAACAUUUUUUUUUAAAAUUCUCUUAUGCUCGUAUGCUCAUUAUUUGAUCAAAAAUCGAAAAAGCCCAGUAAUAUUUUGAAAUAUUAUUACAAUAUAAAAUAGUAAUUUCUAUUUU